AUGUCGAUAGAGCAACAUAUAGGUACUCUGAUGAAUCUAAGUUCCUUUCUAGGGGCUCCUAUUGGAGAUAAAGAAGCUGAGGCGAAGAACAUUUUUGGUGGCAUUGUAGAUAGAUACAAAUCCUUGAAAGCAAACAAGGAUUUGGGUCCGAGGAGUGAGAAAUUAGGUAGAGGAAAAAGACUUCGCUAUAGUUUGCUAGAGGGGUGUCGUAAAGGUCAGACUGUAAAAGGUUUGCAUGAAAUAAAAAACUAUCUCAAGAAAUUUGGUUAUACUACCAUGGUGGCCAAUAUCAAUGACUAUCACGAAGACGACGAUAAGUUCGAUGACGUUUUAGAGUCAGAGAUCAAGGUUUAUCAACUGAAUUAUAAUCUUGACGUCACUAGGAAGUUAGACACAAGAACUCUAGAACAGAUGAUGUUGUCUAGAUCUGGAGUGCCAGAUAACGAUAACAACGGCAGAAGUUCAAUGAGAUGGAAUCUCAUCAUGGAGGACGCGUGGACCCUAAGUUCUGUUUGUGCGCGAGCUUUCGCAACAUGGGCAGCUGUGAGUCAUUUUCAGUUUAGGGAGGUGGGUGAAGGUGAAUAUGCUGAUAUCCUUAUUGGCUUUCGUAGAGGUGCUCAUGGUGAUGGUCAUCCUUUUGAUGGGGCAGGAGGGAAAAUCGUUGCUCAUGCUUUUCAUCCAACAGAUGGAAGACUUCAUUAUGAUGCGGAUGAGAAUUGGGGCACUGAUCCAGCAUCAGAUGAGAUUGAUUUAGAAUUAGUUACUCUUCAUGAAAUUGGACAUAUUUUAGGGUUAGGACAUACUUCUGAUGAGGAAGCUUUACCAUUAGAAGCCGUCAUGUUUCCGACUAUUGGACAUGGGGUGACAAAGAGGCAACUAGGUUCCGACGAUAUUAAUGGUGUUCAAACUUUGUAUGCUUAA